CAUUGUGGAGAGAGGAGUUAUGAAUUAUUACUUAUCACCACAAACACACCAUCCCCUCUGUGGAGCACAGUGGGGGCAGCAUCAUGCUGUGGGGAUGCUUCUUGGCAGCUGGGAGGCUUAUAAAGGCAAUGAUAAUGCACACCCAGCUGCCACAUACUUGAGUGACAGCUGUGCCAGACUGAAGUUACACACCAGACGGAGUUACUAUCGCAUGUUCAUCUGAGCUUUUAAUCGGAGCAACCCAGGCCUUUCUGCAUUUAAAGAACUGAAUGUCUCUGAACUGCUGAUAUGGAGAAAAAUGACGAAUCCAAAACAUGGAAGUAAACAAUGUGUGUGUCAUGAGUUCCAGUAAGAAACCAGAACAUUUUGAGGAGAUUGGAUCAUUGUUUGAAAAUGAGCCAAAAGCAUUUUGUCAUCUUUUUCCUCAACAUGUUGGCUCUCCUUUGCUCUAGCCGAGCCUUACCGAGGACAGACCCUCCUAUACGCCCAGAACAGCCCUUCAUGUUCAUGUGGAAUGCCCCCACCGAGCUGUGUGAAAUCCGCUUUGGCAUGCCACUCGACCUUUCCUAUUUUGAUUUCGUCAGCAGCACCCUUAAGACUGCAACCAACCAGAGCAUCUCCAUUUUCUACACCGACCGCUUUGGUGUCUUCCCCUAUGUGGAAGAAGACACCGGUGAAAUGUAUGAGGACGGUUUACCACAGCUGGUCGACAUGGAGGAGCACCAUGAAGAAGCUGAGGAUGACAUCCAGUACUACAUCCCUUCCCACCAGCCAGGCCUUGCUGUUCUGGACUUUGAAGAAUGGAGGCCACAGUGGGUCAGAAACUGGGGCAGCAAAGAUAUCUACCGACAGAUUUCCAUUGAAACCGUGCAGAAGAAGAACCCCACUUUGUCUGAAGAGGAGGUCGAGGCUCGAGCGAAGAAAUCAUUUGAACGUGGAGCUAAGAGGUACUUUCUGCGAUCUCUCCGCAUCGGGAAGAGGCUGAGGCCGAACAGACUCUGGGGAUACUACCUGUACCCUGACUGCUACAACUAUGACUACAACCAGGACAUGGCGGGCUUCACCGGGGAGUGCCCCCCCCUUGAAGAGAACAGAAAUGAUGAACUGCUGUGGCUCUGGAAGGAGUCCACAGCCCUUUUUCCAUCCAUUUACCUUGAGGCGGUGCUUAAAGACUCCCAGCAGGCUCGGAUGUUUGUCCGUCACCGCAUCAAGGAGACCAUGAGGGUGUCGAUGCUCCCGAACAGCUCGUACUCCAUCCCCAUCUACGCCUACAUACGCCCUGUGUACAAAGACAGCGUUGAUGACUACAUGUCAGAGUAUGAUCUAGUGAACACCAUCGGAGAAGCUGCUGCCCUCGGUGCUGCAGGAGUUGUCUCUUGGGGAGACAUGCAGGUCACAGACACAGAGGACUCCUGCUAUGAUGCCAGACGUCACCUGGAGCAGAUCAUGAACCCGUACAUCCUGAACGUCUCCACUGCUGCCAAACUCUGCAGCAGGGCGCUGUGUCAGGGCCGAGGUCGCUGUGUGAGGAAGAACUGGGAAGAGGAUGUCUACCUUCACCUCAGUCCCAGGAGUUUUAGGAUCGAGCGGCAGCGGCGUGGCGGCCCUCUGACUGUGAUCGGCGAUCUCUGGCAGGACGACAUCCAGUGGUUGGAUAGGAAGUUUGACUGCAUGUGUUACAGCCAGGAGCCGUGCAGGUCAGUCCAAAUGUUCAACUUCAUCCCUGAGGCCGUGGUCACAAAAAGGAAUGGAGGUUCUGAAAGGCCCCGCCCCCUCCUGCUGCUGGUGAUACUGCUGUGUCUGAAGUUCUGUUUGUCCUGAUGGAAAUAUAAAGCAAACAACGGCUGCUUUGAGGCCAUUUAAGAACAGUUCCAGCAUUAUUUCACUUUGAUCAGAAUGCUUUCUUUUGCUGUGUGUGAUUGUUUUACCAGCACUGUGAACCCAUUAAGAUUUUAAAAUUAAAACAUAUCAUUCUCAUAUUUUUCUGAAAGCAUGGAACAUUUCCAUUUAAAACAUAGCCUUAGCCAUGCUUCUGUAGGGGGUGGACUACAGCAAGGUGACGGAAAUGUAAUACAGAAGAGUCACCACUAGAUGGCGCCACAUCCUGACAGGCACAGAGGAAGCAGAUGGAAGUGAAAGAUGGAAAGUCUGUCAAGAAAACUAUAGUGGUUAGAGAUCAGUCUGUAUAAAAGAAAGAAUUUCACCUUAUUUUGAUUUCACUACAGCUUAGAAAGAACUCUGAGAAGAAAAUGUAAGAUAGACAAUACGAAUCAUUAAAUAAAUACAGAAAUAAACAA